UGGUGGAUUCGUCAUUCCAUUCCGUGCAUCGCUGUUUCGUAUCGUACCUUGUGUCUGGCAAUCCAAAGAAAUGGAAACUCCGACCGCGGAGACCACCGUCGACCAAAACAGCAGCAACCAGCAAUCACAGAGCAGUUACAGCGGGACGGAUGGAUUUUCACUGGCAGACAUUGGAGCUUACUUUAGCGCUCCUGCUAGACGUACCUUUGCCACCUGGGAGGAACUGGAGCUUGAAUUGCACAUCUCGGGUCCCUACAUACCAAGCAGCUGUUUCAUCGAGGUUUGCACGGCAGAGUCAAUGAAACAAGCCACACUGAUCCCUUUUGACAAGUGGGUCCAGCAAGCUGUUCCUGACACCUUUAACAUAUUCAUCUCUCAAGAUCACAGACUCAAGCCCGAGAGCGAUUAUGUGGCACGUUUCCUGCAUGAAGGAAUUGCUGUUGCUGUUAGUGAGAGCUUCGCUUUCACUGAGUGUGACAAUACUGACGAGCUGUUUGUGCUGAGCGUGAAAGAACUUCGUGAUCUCACUGCCUACAGGAAGCACUUUCGGGGGUGCCAGGCCAAGCUGAGCCAAGCUGAGAAGCAACUGCGAGAAGAGAGGCGGGAGAGGGCUAAGGAACGCGAGGUCAACCAGCUAAAUGAGGCUCUUGUCUGGGAACUCAAGCAAGGCAUAGCAGCCAAGAAUGCAGAGUACAUGAGAGCUCUCAGUGAGGUGGAAGCAAAGCACAAGCAAGACAUGGAAGUGAAAGAAACAGCACUGUCUUGUACGAGAAAGCUGUUGGACGCAUCUGCCAAGAAUCUGACUACCCUCAGAGCAGAGCAUGAGGCACUUAUGGGUGACUACAAGCUGCAACAAGAGGCACUGGAUAAUGUUCAGGAACAGCUCUGUGCACAGGAAAGCACAAAAACCUUGCUUCGCAGUGAAAUCAAGAGCUUGCAGGAAAGCAGAGCUAAGUUUGCCUUGAGGGUUGUGAAUGUGAUGACAGAAAAUGAUAGCCUGAAGGAGACUAUCCAGAAGUUGUCCCAAAAGCCUGCUAUGUCUGAUAGUGGCAUCAGCACUGAGGAUGAUGACGAGACACUCGACAAUGAGGUGAACAACAACGUCAUCCUCACUUCGUCGGCUGCAAAAGAGCUUGAAGACAAAGUCAGGGAGAUGAUGGCCCGGCUCAGUGCUGCUGCUGACGAAUACGCCAAGCUGUACCGAAAGUUUAAGAAGCAAGAGAUGCUGCUGGCAUACUGCUGUUGUGCAACAACAAAUGACCAGCACACAGCCCGAUUCUCGGCAUCUAACCCACAGAUCACAUCUUGCAGAGUAGCUGCAGCUGCGUCUAAGGAACUUGCGACAAAGAAGGUUUCAGUCAGUGUGCCAGCCAUUGCUGAGUUGAAAGAGGUUGAUAUGGCACGUUUUCCAACCCUGGUGGACCUGUCCUGCAGCCUUCCUGGCACUUCGAAUCUGACCUGCCAGGAGUGCCCUCCCACGGUGGGAGUCGCUGCCACCAAGACCUCCGGCGUUGCAAUGGCAGACUCAUCUUUUCACAUUGGUGCUCGGCCCAAGACAACAAACCUUUCCGUGAUCUUCGACAGCCAGCAUGGUGACGUCACUCCGGCAUGUACCAAGUCGCGCAAGGUCACUGCACCGGCUUGGAGGAGGACUCCUCGAGUAUCACCGCUGUCCAGGAGUAGCCGACUGGCCACGCAAAGUAGCAGGCAUGGCUGGAACUUGCCGUGCGGAUUGCCACCUUACGGAUUUGGUGGGCCAACAACAACCCACAGAGACCUGUGCCUGCAAGACGCAGCCGCGCAGACGGAUGGGACCACAACUACAGACAGUGCAGCACAAGUUGGAGCCACUGUGGAACCAAUUCCUGGAACAUCUGAAGAGGAAGCAGCUGCAGAUCUUGACAGUGCGUAUGUGGCAAUUGAGAUGCCUGAUGCAAACAGCGAGUCUACCCAGACAACCAGUACAGAGCCUGCAAUGGAGAUUUGCGUCCUGUGUACCGAAGAGGUGUGGGACCUGGAGAACCACAUGAGGGAUGUUCAUAAGCAGCAGCCCUGCCCGGUCUGCAGUUGCCUGUUUGACACCACACUGCCCACCACCUAUCUCGAGAAUCACAUCGAUGAACAUUUCGCUCCCGUGUCAUUUCACUAGAGCCAGCAUUGGUCACCCGGCAUGUGUUGAUCACACUGGUGGUGGCGACAAGUUGUCAAAGCAAAAUCUUAUCAGUGCAGUUUGGGCAUCCUUCAGUAUUGGUGGUGUGCCAUUCAAAUUGUUUUGCAUUCAUUGUCGUUUUUAGCCAUUGCAAAAAACGACGUAAGUAAUAUUGUGCAUAUUAAAUUGCUGAAAAAUUAUUCUAGUUCUUAACUAGAUGGUGAUAAGAAACUAAAGCAGAAGCAGAAGUGAUCCCAGAUUUGAUCAGGUUACUGUUACGACAUUGAAUAAUUUGGAGCUGGCAGUAGUUAACUGUGCUGCGACAUGUCAGACAGCAUUAUGUGCCCUGUUUAUUUACGAAUUGAAAUACUGCAUAGCAUGUGGUUAAUUUCACCACUGUACUUAUCAGUUUACUGCAUAAAUAAAAGCGUGUUUGGACUUAUUAUUAUGCAUAUUAGCAUUGUCUUCCCAUGGAUGUUGUGAUUUGCACUUGUCUAUCUGUCAAAAUUCUCUCUAAAAAAUAUCAGUGCACAGACUUUUGUGGAACUUUGUGGUGACGUGUUUACAUGUUUUUGCUUCAUAAGCACUGCAUCAUUUAUUAUGCACAUGCCUCCUUUUACUAUUUUGUACUUGGCAAUCACAUAUGUAUGCCUUUUAUCUCAAUAUUCACUGUUUUUCUUUAUUUACAAGCUGUUGUGGCGCUUCACUUUUGGGGGAAACUUGUCUUUCUAUAUUUUUACUCGAAAAGGAUGUCUGCAUUAGUUCUGUGCUAUGUUGAAGCCAUUGUAUUUGACUGUCAAUGUUAUGUGAUGCCAUGGAUAUCUGUCUUGCAACAAAGAAAAUACGAAAGCAUUUCGUACGAACAUCAACACUUGUGUGUUGCUUUGUUUGGCAUGGCCCUCGCUGCGCAAUAAGUAUUUUCAACAUUGAACACUACCAGAUAUUCUCUGGAAGGCCUUAACCUUCAAUAAGCUACAUGCAGAUGACUAGUUGAGAGUGUACAGUUGGCCACAAAAGUUUACGGGACACAGGUUCCACAACAAAUGUGAACCAAAACUUUGAAUUACAGGCUGCGUGCCAGGGGCGGUAUUCUCAGGUGAUCCACUUUCGGAGAUACUUUUACUCUCAAGAUUUCAUGUGGUUAGUGUCGCAUGCGUUUGCUGAUUACAGCCAACAAUGUUCCUCGCACUGUGCCAAGCGUGCUGAGACUAGAGUGCCUUGCAUUGUGCCAGUAACACUGUUGCUUGUAGAUGCUGAUAUGUCUGGCACCAGUGACCUGAAGCUUAGAACGACAGAAAGCUGAGCUAGUUGGUAAGGAUUCAUUAUGCAAAAAAGAGGUGAGGUGUGCAGACAGGACACAAGAGUAGAGAAGUGGACAACAAGUGGUGUUGUCCACUUCUCUACUCUUGUGUCCUGUCUGCACGCCUCACCUCUUUUUUGCAUAGUGACCUGAAGUCUCGCAAAAGUGAAAGUAUCUCCGAAAAUGAUUGGCCGAGAAUACGGCCCCAGGCUUCGCGGAAAUUCAGCUUUUUCUUUCAACAUGUGUGUCCUGUAGACUUUUGUGGCCACAGCUGUACGUCUUGUCACUGGGCUGUCUUUCUCCCUCGUGACAACAGCAUUUACUUGCACAGUUUUGGUAACAAAUCAUUUUUUUUACUUACAGAGCCAAGCUCAAGUUACCAUUGAGCAUGUUUAGUUAUUUGGAAAGUCACCGGCUGGUAAUAUGGUUACGAAGAAUGGCAUGUGGUUUUAAGUUUUGAGACUGUUGUGUGGCACCCGUAAUUCUGUCACAAUAUUUUUGAGCACCUGCUUAUUUAAUCAGUUAACCAGCUUGUUCCUAGUCUGAGCCAUUGAAACUAGAGACCAUGACACGUACAUCUUUAAUUCCAUUUUGUACACUAAUAUCUCUGUGCUUCUGCAGCUUCGCUUAGUAGCCCUUACUUCUGACGCUCUUGCAAGAUAUCUGUAGCUAAUGUGUUAGACCUGACAUGAUUUGCAAUAAGCUGUCGAAUAGACACUUGAGACAAAUGCCAAGCCAAGCUAGAGAUGUAGACAGAUUACUGUGUUUGCAAGAAUAUGAGAGUUCUGUAAUUCCAAGCCUUGUGCUGCUGUUUAGAAUUGUGCUAAAUAUAUAAUGUGUGUGUAAUUUAACAGUUGGCAGUUGCCUAGCCUUAGUCAAUAGGUGCGCAGUUUGUGGCCAACUGAUUGAUUUUUCAAAUUUUUGCCGUUUUCUUGUAUGCAAAAAAUAUUCUUGGCAAAGGUGACUUACUUGUUAUUACUGAUAUUAAUGCAUAUAAUCUACCAAACUGGCUUAAUUUGGUAUUUAUCAGUGGUGUCCUUUUCAGGGUGGUAGCUUACUCCCCAGAGCUUUGCUCAGUGUUUCAUUCCGCAGCUGACUUUCUUACACUAAUUGUUUGUUGUACCCAGAACAUUAGCGUGUAUGUGUUGGAACAUGGUUAGCUUUACGACUAGCUUGUGUUGUUGAACGAUCACUUCCUAUGUGCUUUACUAUUUGGUUGGAGUGGUGGAACUGGAUUUGGUAAAUUAAAAUUUCGUGGCCACACUUGUAAUUUUAAACUAGGAAACAUAUCGUAGUGAACUAAAAGAUAUAUUUUUGCGGUGUUAAGAAUGCGUGCAAUCAAGUGCAUUGCACUAGAAACGGUGAUUUCGGUGAAUGCUGUUUCCAAUGCAUCGCGAUAUCUUGACAGACAUCGAGUCAUUGAAAACUGCAAGCCAAGCAGGAAGUUGUCAUUGUGAAUGCUAAUCUUAGCACCCCAAGCUUACAAUUUCUAUUAUUCUUUCACAAAAAUGCAGCACUGGAAUGGAAGCUAUAGCAGUAUGGUAACGUGAAUGCACGUGGUCCCCACGCUGUGUGCCCCUUUAGUGCAUAAAGUGCCGUCUUGAGAAUAAGGGCAUGUCUUGUAGCGUCACCUUCUGUACAACAUUUAUGAGAAGUGGAAUAUAGACUCCUUAUAAAAUACUGAUAAUGUGUUGCGGUAUUGCAUCUAGAACAUCUACUUGCACAGUGAAGUUUUCUUGCUGUUGAUUUGGUCAUGAUUUUGGCAAUUCCGCGGUCAGGAAAUGAGCAGGAUUGAGUUAUUUGGAGAACACACUGCUAUUACAAAAAUUGUUUUUGUUUUAUUUUUAGAGGUUUGAGAAAGUGGCGUGCAAGCUCUCACUACAAAGCUUCAGUAACGCAAGUCCUACCCAUGUGUAGCAGCUGCAACAGGAUACACAGUGUGUAGUUGCAAAAGUUUUGUGAAGUUUUUAUAGUUUUGGGGCACAAUGACUGUGCAGAGUGUUCCCACUGAAAUGUGCUUCCAGUCAGGCUCCAGCAGAGUGCACGUUUGUAAAAACAUUGAAAUUCAGGAGAGAUGUGCAGUCUCACAGAUUUCAUCACUCAUUACUUACAUGUGUGUGCAAUAAACAGUCAAGGAAGUAGCAGUGCUAAAAGUGAAUGGUAGUGCAUAUCAGUGGGCCUUUUAUUAUUGUUGUAGGCCAUUUUCCCAGAAAAAUAAAAUAAGAUGUCACCACUA